UGGUUUCGAUAUGUAGAAAUUAGAAAUCUCCAAAAUCCAAAUUGUCCACCACCACAAAUAUUUUUUUUAAUUGCAUUGAUUAAUAAUCACUAUUGUAGUAUUUUAAUUUUUAUACAGACAGUAGACACUAUGAAGUGAUGAGUUAGAGUAAAUAAUUGAGAUAUAAGUAAUAAAUAAUAUUAGAUUAUUUUAAGUUAAUUUUUCAACAUGACUGAGUACUGGAAAUCACAAGCACGGAAAUACUGCGAGUUUUGCAAGUGUUGGUUCGCUGAUAACAAAGUUUCUAUUUCAUUCCAUGAAAAUGGUAAACGACACAAGGAUAGUGUUAAAAAACAUAUAUCACAAAUCAGUAAGAAGAGUGCAAAAGAAUUUAAAGUUAAGGAGAAACUUGACGAUGAUAUUAAAAAAAUGGAAGAAGCUGCCAUGAGUGCUUAUUUAAAAGAUGUACAAAAUAAUGCUGAUUUGACAUCACAGAGUAUUAAUGAUUUACUUGCCAAAGAUGGCAACAGUAGCAAAGACAUUAUAAUUUCCGAGAAACUUUCUACAACUGUAAACGAACCUGUUUGGUAUGAAGUGAAAAAUGAUGAUGGGAGCACAUAUUAUUGGAACAAACAAACCAAUGAAACAACCUGGGAAGAACCAGACAAAUAUUUAUCAAUAGCAGAACAAGGGGAAACAAAAAUAAAAGAGGAAAAGAAACAGAAGAAAUUACAAAAACAAAAACAUAAAGAAGUGAUCACAGAGGCGAAAGCUCAUAUGGCAAGAGAAAGCAUGCGUGAGUUAGCAGUAAAGAAAGAAAAGUCUCCACCACCGUUCAGACCUUCAUAUGGACCAGAACCAAGGAGUUCACCGUUUGGGAAGUGGCAACCUGUUAUUAAGGAGGAAGUGAAAGAAAUUGAUCUACAACUACCCAAGUCCAGUAAACCAGUAAUACCACCACCAGUUGUUAUGGAACCUGAAAGAGUUCAGUUUAAAGAAAAGAAAAUAGAGUCCCUGGGAGAGGGGCCUGUGGAGUUCAAAAAGAGAAAGUUCAAUAAUUCUAAACGAAACAUUAGACAGAAAGUUGACGACGAAUAAAUAUUUAUACUGAUUGUA